UUGACAACUAAAGGGCAAUGUCCUCUCUGGGGAAAUGUUUCAUCAAGAUACGAAAAGAAUUUGCCACCCAAGUAAAAGCCACAUAAUCUAGAGGAACAAAAGAGUAAGUGACUCCCUUGAACCUAAGAGGCAGGAGUCUUUAUCUAAGGAAAGAAUCUAGAGAAGUGCACUUCGUUUCAUCGCAGUUCUUCCUCUCCCAGCUGGCCUGCCACAGCCAACCUAGAGGGCAUUAACUUCCCACUGGACUCACGACCUGAGAGGCAGUCGUCAGCUUCCUGGACGUGAGGGAAAGCAGCCCGAGGCAGGCCGCGCGUGGGAGCACCAUGCGAAAUACUAACCCCUACCAGUCGCCCCAGGGCGGUCUCAAAGACGCUGGCGCUGCCGCUGAGGGCUCCCCCGAACCCGGCGCCGCUGGGGAAGGACGAUUUAUUAAUAGUUCACUGGGGAAAGACCAGAAAGUCAAAAUAGAAACUGAAGGUCAUCUGUAAUCUUACCACUCAGGGAACAUCACUAUUUAGAGGAUGGAACCCAGUGCCUCAACACAUGCUAGCAUCUCUUCGCCGGAUAUCAUCUAACAAAUUCCCUGGAACAUCUGGAUCCAAUAUGAUUUAUUAUCUGGUCGUAGGUGUCACGGUCAGUGCUGGUGGAUAUUAUACUUACAAGACAGUCACGUCAAAGCAAGCCAAACACAAAGAACAUACAACAAAUUUGAAAGAAAAAACAAAAGCAGAGUUACAACCACUUCAAGGUGAAAAAGAGAACGUUGCAGAUGCUGAGAAAGCAAGUUCAGAAGCUCUGGAAGUUUCUGUCCUGGAAGCUGAGGUGGUAGGUGCUGAAGAAAUUCCAGAGGCUGCAGUUGGGGACGUAGAGUCAGGUGUGGAGGGCCCUCUGGAGGAGGUGACGGCAGUGGGUGCUGAAAUGGAGCCCAAGGUUACAAGUGCACAGAUGGGUGACCCCACAGAGGGCGAGUCCGAAAUGACCCCAGAGGCUACGAAUGCAGCACCAGAUGAAGCCGUUUCCACCCAUAAUGAUCAAGGUACCGUGAAGAACGACAGUUCCCAGGAAUGUGCUGAGCUGGAAGAAACUUCUCCAGGUGAUUCCGAGCCCUCUGCUGGGCAUUUGCAGGAGGAAGCUGAUGCUGGUUGCGAGGCUGCCUCAGGCUAAUCUCAUGCCAGUGGACAUUCCUGCAAAAACAAAAACGUCAGUGUGUCUAAUAGCUGCCUUUGUAUUUGUAGUAAUUUUGGUUUUUGAAAAAACUUCUUUCUAAUACACUCCAAUGAGCCCUGAAGAUUUUUGGUAUCUUCUGGUAGAGUUUUAGAUUGAGAGAUUGGCGAUUUUACAUUUCUUAAUGAUUUUCUACUCUCUGAGAUCAUGACACUGCAGUAAAGAGUUUAUAGUUUUAGCCAGGCACGGUGGCGCAUGCCUGUAAUCCCAGUGGCUGAGGAGGCUGAGGCAGGAGGAUCCCAAGUUCCAGGCCAGUGACAGCAACUGAGUGAGACCCUGUCUCAAUGUAGAAAA